AAUUGUCAAAAGCAUUAUGAAAGUACCAACUAACUGAAACUGCAUCUCGAUAAACGCCUCACAUCGAUCCCUGUCUUCUUUGUGGGCUUAUCGACCUAGCUUCAACACUGAUUUGUUUGUUACCCAGGAUUUGCCUUACCCCAUGCCGUCAUCCCCGCAUUCACCGUCGUUUAAGCGACUGCUGGUCGCCAACAGAGGUGAAAUCGCUGUACGCAUACUCCAUGCUGCGCGAGAAUUACCAAACCCAGCUGAGACCUUUGCUCUUUACACCUCCGAUGAUCGGUCGCAUUGCGAUCUGGGGUAUCCGCAACACGCUAUCCAGAUACCCUCCGCAUCAUCCUAUCUAGAUAUCACUCUACUGGUCGAUCUAGCCCGCAAGCACUCCAUCGAUGCCGUGCAUCCAGGCUAUGGCUUCCUCAGUGAGAGCGCCGAGUUCGCAAAUCGUAUGUGGACCGAGGCUGGCGCCGUGGUGAUAGGACCCGGCCCAGAGAAUCUCGCUCGUACGGGCGACAAGCUGCAGGCAAAGCAACUAGCGCAGGAAUGCGGUGUUCCUGUCUUAGAAGCUAUGAGUCGACCGACCGCUAAUGAAGAUGAAGCGCGGGCAUUUGCAAGACAAGUUGGGUUUCCUGUUAUGAUCAAAGCUGUUGAUGGUGGAGGUGGCAGAGGCAUUCGUCUUGUCCGCGAAAAGUCGGAGUUGGAUAAUAGUAUUCAGCGGGCUAUCGGUGAAUCACCCUCACGGACGGUCUUUGUGGAAAAGGCUGCCGUUGAUGGAUUUCACCAUGUUGAGAUCCAGGUGAUGGGCGAUGGUACUGGCCAGGUACGCCAUCUAUGGGAGCGAGACUGCAGCGUGCAGCGGCGAUUCCAGAAGGUGGUGGAGUAUGCUCCUGCUUUGAUUUCUGAUCGAGACUUGAUUGCUCGAGUCAUUGACUCGGCUCUGAAGAUGGCGAGUGAAAUUCGGUAUCGCUCGUUGGGGACGUUCGAGUUCCUAGUCAGUCAGAACAGAGGGGAAUUCUACUUUCUGGAAGUCAACCCGCGAUUGCAGGUUGAGCAUACUAUUACAGAGUCUAUCAGCGGUAUAGACUUGGUUCAGACACAACUUUUGCUAGCACAGGGAUGGACCUUUCAAGAGCUGGGUCUAGGAUCAGAUGUGAAUGCCAGUGCUCCGCCUCCAGCAAAUACCCAUUCCAUUCAGCUCCGUCUCUGUGCAGAAGAUCCCAGCAACAAUUUCACGCUGAGUAUCGGCAAAGUGACUGAAUUCACCGUCCCCAGUGGCCACGGCAUUCGUGUCGAUACCAAUAUCAAUGCCUCUGGGGCUUCAUCACUGGUCGUCGGAUCGAACUUUGACAAUCUUCUCGCCAAGAUCAUCGUCACGGCAUCCACUUGGGAGGCCACCGUUCGCAAAGCCCAGCGAGUCUUGGCCGACUCGAGAAUCUCCGGCGUCAAGACCAAUCUCAGUCUCCUGCGGGGCAUCGUUGCGCAUGCCGAUUUCACGACGGGCCAUAUCGACACGCAAUGGCUUAGCCUCAAGCUGGACGAGGCCUACCAGUUAGGUGAAGGUAUCGCCAAGGAUCUCCAAAGCCAGAAUUUUACCAGCGGUUCAUCUCAGCAAUCAAUCGCACAGAGCGGGCUGCCCUCUUCCAGCCUGCUGUUCCGCAAAGGGGACGCGUGGUCCAUUACGCUUCAACCCCUCGAGAACGGGAACCCACAAGCAUCAGCCAAGGUAGCGCAUCACCUUAAACUAUCACGGGUCCUGCGAAAUGAGUUCCCCACAUCCCUAUCCGCCGAGAUCGAGUACACGACUCCAACCUCCAAGACCGCCGUUCCGUAUCGUAUGCAGCUGGAUACGACUACGACGGCGGCCUCGGCAUUGGUCUCCUCUUCGCACCGGCGGGGCGACCCAAAUAACCCGCGUCACAUUGUACUCCCGCUGUCAGGUAAGUUGAUCGAGAUCCUGGUGGCAAGUGGGGAUGCCGUGGCGGAGAGUCAGGUCUUGGCUUUCGUGAAGCAGAUGAAGAUGGAGCUGGAGGUACGUAGUCCUCGUGCGGGGACGGUUCGAUGGGUGCAUGAGAUGGAGGAUGAGGAUGAGGAUGUUGCGGAGGGGAUGUUGUUGGUGGAAUUAGAUGAGGAGAGGAAAUCGGAAAGACAGAUGAAGGGGAAAUUGUAG